AUAUUUAAAAAUAGUAAAUUUAUUAUUUAAAUAUAAAUUACUUCAAGCUCCGUUGAAUACACUGCUUUAGUUUUUCCAUUUUAUUUUAAUAUUUUCUUUGUAAACCUGAACUAUAUAAUCAAUAGAUCGUGGGAGGUACAAAAACAAGAAUAUAUAUGAGUUUCCAAAUCCUAUACAAAAUUGCCUAGCUAGCUAAUGUGAUAAAAUCCAUAUUUGUACUAAUAAAAUCAGUGAAAUCUUCUUAACUUUCUAAAUCAUACAAGAGAAUUUCAAUAUUAUAAAUAAUAAAAAUGCAUAAGUUUCUUUUCUACGAACCUGCUAAUUAACACGAUUACCAUAACUUUCUUUCUAAUCUUCCAUCCUCGUAAUUUUAUAACCUUGCUUAGGUAAUGUAAAGUAUCAUUAAAUAAUAAAAUAUCACACAUUAAAUAUUGACUAUAUUGGUCAAAUCAGUCCACCUCACACAUAACACAACUUUUAUAAAUUCCAUUUACAGGCCGGCCAUUAGCAUUCGUUCUAGAACGUAGCCGUAAGUGCACAACAUCUCUAUUUCAUCCUUCACAACUUUCUAGCUCCCACAAAUCUCUGGCAAAAGAUAAAAACACACCCAAGUUUAAACUGGCCCUUGUCCAUAUAGCUUAUUAAUUAUCAUGUAAGUAUACCUUUUUCUUCAAGCUUACAAUUAUCACUGGUGGUUGUAACUCAUGUAGUUUUGAGAUCUUGUUCGUUGACGAAGACAAAACUGUUUAUUGUCUGAACUCACCAAUGUUGUCGCUUGUCUUUUCAGCGAGCUUUCGUCUUCUUUACUUUGAUUUUUCUUCUUAUUUUCUCCUUCAACACCAUACCACAUAAAUAUUUAGCUUUUAACAACUAUUUUUCAUUGAGUUCAUUCAAAACUAAUAAAUCCGUCUCGUUAUUGCAAAGAUGGGUUCUUCAAACUCUACAUAGGUACCAUACACUCUGUUCUUUUUCUUUUUCUAACGAAGAAGCUUAUAAAACAAAAGCUUUUCCCAUGGAAAAGAAAUAACUCGGCUUCUUCCAUUUCAUGACAUGUGUUUUUAUUACAACAUGCUUUUAUAUAAUUAUCCUUAAUAAAGACUAUAAUUGAUUGUUUUUUCUAGUUAUAUUUAAUCUAUCUGUCUCAGAUUCUCUGCAACUAGUUUUUUUCUAUAUCCCGUUGAAUUUCCGUGCUACUAGUAUUAUUUUUGAGUUCAAAUUUGGUAUGCGUUUUCUUAUUUUAUGUUAUAGUUUGUCUUUCUUGAUCUUUGAUUGGACCCAAAUUGCUCAUAAAUAUUAUGUUAUUGUUUCGUUAUUAUUUUUAGAUUUAUCUUACGUGUACUAAUACCUUGCUUACUACCUUUUAAUCACCAGAUCCUCAUCCUAUAUCAUCUUCAAAUUGUGGUUCUUGACUUUGUACAAAAACGGUGGCGAGAAAAAUACAUAACUAUGGGGAAGAUCUUGAAAUCUAAGUCUUCUUGGCCGGUAACCGUUGUUAGGAAGUGGCUAAACUUACGUAGCAACGCUUACGAAUUUCAUUCCGAUUACCCAGUCAAAGGGAAGAUGGAGCCGACUCAGCCGAGGAGGAAAAGUUGCUCCGACGGUGAUUACUACAAGAUCGUGCCGGAAAAGUUUCCAGGUUGGCUGGGCCAAGAAAAUGGGGAUUUCAAACAAUCAACUGAUGAAGAUCAAAUGAAACGUGUUGAUGACCUCAAAAUGUUCGUCGGCACAUGGAACGUGGGAGGGAAGUCGCCACAUGAUGGAUUAAUGGUGAAAGAUUGGCUUAAAACUUCCACCGAUGCCGAUAUUUACGUGCUAGGGUUUCAAGAAAUCGUGCCGCUAAAUGCUGGUAACGUACUUGGAGCAGAGGACAACGGCCCCGCGACUAAGUGGUUGUCUCUGAUUCGAGAAGCCUUGAACAACAACAACGACUUAUCACAAAAUGACCUCGAAGUUUCUAAAAAUCACAGAACCUCCUUCGAACUUACAAAAUCAUCACAACCUUCCCGUCGUAGCAUCUCUAACUUCCCCGAUGAUAACCUAGUGGCAUGCAAUUCGACCCUUGAUCGAGGUUACUCCCUUGCAGCCAGUAAACAGAUGGUGGGGAUCUUUUUGUGUGUGUGGGUAAGAGAUGAUCUCCAGAAACGUAUUACAAACCUCCAGGUGUCAAGCGUUGGUCGUGGCAUCAUGGGGUAUCUUGGAAACAAGGGUUCGAUAUCGAUUAGCAUGUCGUUGCAUGAGACGAGUCUAUGCUUUGUAUGCACGCAUCUUACGUCUGGAGAAGGAGAAGGCGACGAGGUCAGAAGAAACUUAGAUGUGACCGAGAUAUUAAAGAGGACAAGAUUUUCGCGUUCUUCUAAAGAUUCGCAUCAACCCGAAACCAUAAUGGACCACGAUAAAGUAAUAUGGCUUGGAGAUUUGAAUUAUCGGUUAAGGGCCAGCAGCGACGUACAUGGCCACCUUAAGAAUUAUGAUUGGGAGGCACUUCUAGAGAAAGAUCAGCUCAAGAUAGAACAAAGAGCUGGUAGAGUUUUUCAGGGAUGGGAAGAAGGGAAGAUAUAUUUCGCACCAACAUAUAAAUAUCACAUAAACUCAGAUAACUAUGUCGCCCAAACCGAAAAAUCAAAAGAAAAGCGCAGAACACCAGCUUGGUGUGACCGAAUAUUGUGGAAAGGUGGCGGGGUGAAACAGAUUUGGUAUACGAGAGGAGAGUCGAGAUUCUCGGACCACAGACCGGUUCAAUCUCUAUUUUCGGUUCACAUUGAUUCAACUCAGAAUCAAUCAAACCGGAAAACUAAACCGAACAACCAAAACCAUCGUCCCAACCCGGUGUUGCCUUACACAUGCCACGGGAAAGUCCAGGCUGAAGAGAUCUUGUUGCUCACACGAGCACAAAGUUGUAUAGACACACAACCUAGACUUAUAUCGUCUGCUUCCUGAUUUAUUAGUUACUUUUUGGAUGUUUUCAUGUUGGCAAAGAAGAGAUGACACAUGGAUUCCUAGGAUUGGACAAUGGAGCUUUCAUAUUGGCAAAAGCAGGAUUGUUAAAUAUUUUUUAAUACUGGGUUAACUUUGUUUUCUUGGUUCCCUAUAUUAGCUAAAUUUUGGAAGAAAUGGUAGUUUUUUUGUUUUUACAAUUGUGGAGUUUGAGUUGUUG